UCCAACAGGAAAAACAAAUCCUUUUAAGGCUUCAGAAUGUAAAUAACCAGUAUGUAAUGCCUUUUUUGUCAUGGUAUAUCACUAUAAUGACGUAUAACCUUUGGUACCGUGAAAUUGUAUAGACGCGAUUCUGGCUAAUCCGAACAAAAGUGUUGUGCUGUCAGUUUGCGCUGCUACACAGCCUACAGUACUCUCACUACACUGUACUGCAUGCUUAUUGUUAUUAUUUUGUCAACAGUGUUCAUGCUGCGUGUACUGUACAGUCAUUAUACAUAUCGAGAAGAACUGGGAUUUCUAAGCUUUACAAGUACUUGAUCACCGUUUACUGUCAGAUGGCUGCAGUUCAAUACCCACCCAACGCGGUCGCACAGGUAGUCAUGCAUCAGGCUGGCGGCCAUCCAGUCCAGGUUGGGGCCCACCAACCAGUUAAUAUCGUCGUGCAAAAGUCCAAUAAAUCAGAUGGAUACAAUGCUAGGAGUGGAAAAAUCACCGGUUGGAUACAGCUCAGCUGUGCCAUAGCCUCGUUCGUGAUUGGUAUUGUAGAGCCGCUUCUCGGCUCAGAAGUCAGCAUAGUCGGUACAGGCAUAUGGAGCGGACUGUUUUUUUUUCUUCCAACCGGGAUCCUUGGAAUAGUUUCCAAUAAGAAGAAUACAUGUGUGAUCGUGGCUUACAUGGUGAUGUCUAUCAUAUCUGCCAUUGUCGGUUUUGUUGUAUUUGCUAUGGGCAUCACAUCUGCAGCAGUGAGUGCCAGUAAUACCUGUAGCUUCAUCGGGCUUUGGGGUUGUGGAUACGCAGUCACGAACGCCAAGGUGUCAUUCGAUUCUUUCCUAGCGAUAACAGGACUUCUCGAGCUUGUUGUUGCGAUCGUUGCAGCUUGUUACUGCUGUGCUGGGGUUUGUUGCGGACGAAAGGACACACCAACAAACACAAUGGUCUACCACUAUCAGAACAAUGCCACGCCCAUGAUGGUGAUGGUCCCUGCACCUGGUCAGCAAGCUGGACAACCAAUGUUAUAUCACCAGCCCCCACCAGUCAAUCAACCCCUGGGAACUUAUCCCGCUCCAGUGGCCUACCCCCACAGUGGACCUCAACCAGGACCAGGACCUCAACCAAAUUACAACGUGGAAGCACAGGCCCCUCCCCUCUACAGCGAAGUAGGCCCUGACACUCAGACAGCACUGCCUGCCAAGAUGUAAAUGGAAGAUGAGGUUUCAGCAAAAUUUGAGGGCCUGGAUCGAGGUCACGACACGUUACGAGAAAUAAACGAAAUUCAUUGAUAAAAACUGAUAAAGCCUGAUAAACACUGCAAGGAAAUAUAUAAGCGGAUCAGAAUGGUAGAAGGAAGGCACAAUAAUUGGAAUUCCCUGAAAAUCUAAGAUUCCUUAAAAAGUAGAUGAUAAUUUACUUAUUUGUUGUUCAAAGAGAGGCGCGGUAAAUUCAUUGUUUAGUCUUUUCCACUACCUGCCGCCUACGUACGUUUGUUAACUCUCUUUCAAUCGCACAUUUGAGCAUGUUUGGAGUCUGGGCCUCAAUGGUAAACACUUAUUAUAGAUAUUUGUCAUUAUUUAAAAUGUAUAAUUCUUUCCAAAUACUAAAAUAGGAUAAACUUGUUAUUAAUUCUACCAUCAUAUGCUCUGAAAAUGAUGUCGGUAGACUGUAUUUAACACAAAGGGAUUUGGCUUUCAGAAGACAGUAUUUAGUCAAUAACUCGAAAUGGCUGUAAGAAAAAAAUCUCGAUAAAAGACAGCCCUUCUAUGGUUUACCAUUGACAUAUAAACCAGAGGCAAAAGUACCCCUUUCAAUAUAGGAAAAGUGUACUUUUUUAUUUCGAAAAGGUGCCCCUUUCAUUUUUAAAAUGUGCCCGUUUCACUUUGUCACGUGCGCAAAUUUGUAGACGUCUUGGCUGAAGAUACAGUGUACAGCUUUAGUUAACCCGCAGUCAUCUUCUAUAGCAUAAGUUGGUUCCCUAAUUCAAAUAAUGAAAUACCUAACCCCAACCGUAAAGAUUACCAACAAAUCUUCGAUCGUAAUCCAAGUCUCUUUGCCUAUAGCCUAGAGCAAAAUUCGCUGCAGAAAAUAUCCAAAUCACUUUAAAAGUCAUGAUUCGAAUGUGUGUACAUGUAUUAAGAAUUCAUAUAUUUUCUCAUUUUUAUAGAUAAACGUGAUAUAUUCUGUGUUUGUGAUGACUUGGUUUGUUUAUGCUUAAAUGAGGUCAAAGGGUAAUUCUAGACAAGGUGAAGUUAAUUUUAGGAUCGUUCCUUUAUCAAUAGCAUAGACAAUAUGUUGUAAUCAAUAUGCACUUGCAUUGUGUUUUUUGAAAGUCUUAAUGCUUAAAACUGUUUUAUUCUCUCUUUUUUUCUUUUCUUUCAUUUUCUAUUCAUCACAAAUAAAAUACAUUAUGAAGUGCGCUAACUAGAUGAAUUCUAUGGGAAAUGAGUUUUAAAGGAAUAAGCGAGUUCGUAAUUAGGAUUUGCGCAUGGGCAGAUAAGGGUCAUUCGUACCCAAAUUGUAAAACCAUUGAGACGAAUACUCGGAUCGUGCUCAUGACAGUUAUGUAAUCAGUAUUCAUGUAUGCACCACCAGUACAUUUAUCUAAUACACAGGUGGAAGUAUUCUUCGCAAGAGGCAAACAAAAGGUUUUCAUGAAGCACCUCCAUCACUUCGGCAGUGAUUAUUCUAAAAUGCACACGUGGAAAGUAUCCAUUGUGUCUAAGAUCUCUGGAUAUUUCGGGGUCAAGCGGUCCAGAGCUAUUUACGAACUCGCUCAUUGGUUCCUGAAUAAAAGGAAAUCCUGCUUAGCGUUUACCGUAAUACAAUGCCAAAGUUAUAUAAUAUAUGUAUACAUGUAUUUAAAUAUAUUAUGUCUUUCUGUAUAAAGUAUAUACAUUUACUAUAUGCAAAUGUAGUAGGAGAAUAAAUAAACUUUUAAGAGGUAAAGAGUGAUGGGAAAAACGAAGUGAAUUGAUUCUUUAUUUAUUGGCAGGCCCUACAUUUAGGCCUACUACAGAAUUAACCUUACCUUUUUUUUUUUUUUUUUUUUUUUUUUUUGGGGGGGGGGGGGGUAUUGUUUGUAUUAAGUUUUAUGAGGAACGGUGUUAUGAUAGCUACUCUGGCUACUACAUGUAUAAUGUCUUUUAUGUUUGUGAGAGUAUGUAAAAAAAUGACGAAUUUGAAUUAGGGCAAGAUUGGUCUGCACAUAGUCGAGUUACAAGCUGCAUUUGCGCAAGCACGGAGUAUUAAUUUAGUGUAUUUCGGGGAAUGAAAAUAAAUAUACCUUUCACUAACAUAAA